UUAACAAAAUGGCUCGAAAAGCUGGCGGGUUAGCGGCUAUCAUGUCCGGGCAACCAGUGGUUGUUGUCAAAAAGAGAAGUGUAUUCUGGAGGCUUCGUCACUUAACAAGACAAGGAGGUCUACACGUUGGACUAAUAUUGUUAUGUAUUUUAUACGUACAUUUUGGUGCAUUGUUCUUCAUGUAUUCUGAGAGCCCAGAGGAGCAAAGAAUUCUUCGACGAGUGGAAAAACGAUAUGAUAUUCUACGGGAAACAUUUCUCGAAAACGUGAAUCGAGUGAAACUUGAAGAUUUUUCUGACGAACGAAGAGUUAAUGAAUCGAUCUCCCGAUUAAUUGAUGAUUACUCGAAACAUAUGUUUAAGUUAUUCACUAAUCCGGUAGCCGCGAACAUGUUCGAUUGCCUUUUCUAUUCUCAAUCCAACUACACACCACUUUGGACUACCGACUCUUCUCUUUUAUUCACUGCAACUACUAUCAUUCCUGUUGGAUAUGGAUACAUUGCUCCGUUGACAUCAACUGGAAGAAUUGUUCUUUGUAUUUACGCGGCAUUUGGAAUUCCGCUGGCUCUUGUCAUGAUGUCAGACGUUGGAAAGUUUUUUGCAGACGCGUUUGUCAAGUUUUUUCACGAGAAUAUAACAGCGUUCAUGGUAGUUCUUCUCAUAUUGCUAGUUGCAUAUUCUGUGAUUGGAGGAAUUGCGUACUCAAAAAUAGUUGGAGUUCCAAUGAUUGAAGGAGUCUAUUUCAGUACAAUCACUAUUUUUACAAUUGGAUUUGGAGAUAUAACACCGGGUAUCCCUGUAUACGUAAUUAUAAUAUUCAUUGUUUUUGGAGUUGCAAUAGUCACUAUCGCUAUUGAUGUAGUAGCCGCAAACAUUAUUCAUCAUAUUCAUUACAUGGGUCGACAAGUUGGAAGAGCAAAAAUUAUUGCAGAUAAAAUGCUCAGCAUGGCCCAGAAGAUCAGCAUCAAUCGUGGAUUGGGUCUCGGCAUGGCACAACUUGGGGCGUUUGCACGAAUGGGAAUGAUGAUCAAUGUAAGCGCCAUGGGUCCUCAAGACGGUCAUGCAAACGGGGGCGUGGGAGAAGGUGGGAUUGAGAUGAGCAGGAAGUCAACGUGGCGAAGCGAAAAUGAUGAAAUUAAAACAAGGAAGAGCACAGCUUUUGAACCAGAUUUAGACUUUGAUAUGAUAGAUUUCAGACAGCCAUCAGGUUCAUCUCAAUACCUUUAUGGAUUCGGUUUUGACAACAAUGCAUUCGGCUUGGCCGAUGGACAGAGUGAUGAAGAUUCAGUCUUCAUGUGAACUUUUUUGAUAUUUCAUUAAACAAAACACUUUAAAUAAAAUAAACGAUAAUUGUAAUAA